GGAAAGAGAUCGCAGAAAGAGGGCAAAGGGGCAAAAUGGUACCCCUUAUUGUGCCAUCUUCAAAUGUUCUUUCAAAGUUUCGGAAAUAUGCAGCAAAGUAAAAGAUUUUGGAAGCAGGCCGAUCUAUAUCUAUAUAUCUGUUGACGUACCAAAAGGCCUUCAAAUGAGGGGAGAGGGGGCACUGACAUCACUGAUCAGUCAAUCACUGACAGGAUGUAAAUGAGAAUGAGUCACUAGAGGUGCGAGGUGCAAACACAAGAAGUCUAGCAUCGCUGCGAGCAGAUGCAAGUUUUCCAGCCUGGAAAACCAAUUUCUCACCUUGGCUAAGAUCCUUUCUCCAUCAUUAUCUAGAAUGGCUACCCCCUUGACAGUGUAUAAGGACGCCUCCUAAAACAAAAGUGUCUAAUAUUAUAUAACUAUAAGAGCAAUUGUGCAUUAAAUUUGGUAGCAAGUUUUUUACAGCUCUAAGAAAGGAAAGAAAUAGUAUUUAAGUUUACUUGAUUUCUAAUUUUCCUCAACAUCUCCAAAUUCUGCUCUAACAAAGGUUUACUUAAUUCUACAGUUUUAUACAGCUCUGCGAUAAACUAAAAUCAAAUAAUUUAAUGACAAACAUAAAUGUAACAGAAGUUUAAGCGAAGCUUUCACAAAGAAGGCGUAAUAAAACCUAAUCGUAUUCUAUUUCAAAUAAAUUUAUUAAAUAUAAGGAUACCCUUUUUCAUUUUUAUUAGCAUGAAUGUUGCUUACUUGAAGAACACUAUCCAUUUUUUGUCGGUUUCUAAAUUUGUCUCGAUCUCACACUUCCCUUAGGCCCAUAAUGAAUUCAACUCAGUCUCCCUGUGUUUUCCAUUCGACGUGUCAGAGCCUCGCCUUCCAAUCGAGAUUUUGUUUCAUUCGUUGUUGCUGCUGAGUUAAACUCUUGGCGGUAAACAAGAAAUUUUAAUCAGAAAUGAACAAACCAACUAUAAAAAGAUCGAAGACUCCUGCUUAUUCUGUCGCAUCAAAGCCCUCAACACAGUCCUUGAUUGCAAGAGGCUUAGCAACAAAUGAAGAUGGAGCCCAAAAAAGGAUUCAAGGAGGAAAAGUAACAGAGAACAAUCACAAAAAGACAGCAACAUAUCUGUUUUACAAUUCCUCUGAUUCAGACGCUGAUCCGGUUUAUUCCAUGAAUAAAAAGUUGAAUAGAUGUGCAUCAUUGCUGAAUAAUAUAAUGAACGAUAAAGGUACAAAAACAAAGCCGAAAGUUUUUAAUGCUGAAGUGAAACCCAACACGAUGAGCAGAAGGGACAAGAAGAAAGUAGUGAAAAUUGUUUUGCCAAAUGCCAUUGAAAGACCGAAGCGAUCAGCUGCAGCUCAAGAUGCAAAAGCUUCAACCAUGGUGACAUCAACGCCAAGAACAGCUGGCAAAAAGGUGCCAAAGUCUAAAAAGAAAAGAGAAAAUGAGCUGAAGGAAGAACUUGCCAAAAUAGAAAUGGAGAAAAGUCUUCUUCAAGAUCAAUACUCUCAGCUGCUGAAGCAUCAUAUGCUAUCUCCAAACAAUCAUUCUGUUACAUUGCCUAUGGAUACAACUGCUCCAAACUUAUCGUCAUCUCAUCGAGAUAUUAUUCAAAGAGUACCAGAGGCUCUGUUUUAUUCUAAUUUGACUACUCCUAAAUCAAACAGCACUAAGGAUUUGUCAUCUAGCAUCGUUUUCAAAGAACUGGAGAAAACAAUCAGUGGAAUUUCCGAAAAAUUGUCAUUUCCUGCUAAAAUUUCAGCUUCAGAGGGGAAAGAUACUUCAAGUCAAAUCACUGAACAUAAACGCUUGGGGAGUUUCACGGCCAGCAAUCGUUCAGCAACAGCCAUGGAGGUAAAUAAAUUGCUAAACAAUGGGGUAGACAACCAGGCAGGCGAACAGCGUGCUGUUCAGUGGUCUGAAAAGGCACCGUUAGUAGAAUAUUUUAAAAAUCCGUCACUAGAUUCUACCUCAGUUGAGGAUUCUGACACUUCGAGUUCGCAUUCGCACGACGAAGAAGACGUUACUUUAACAGCUGGGAGUUUUGAAUGCGAAAAAGAUUCUUUAGAAAAGAUCGAAGUGGAGUCUUAUACUGACAGUGCCUCGGGGGAUGACCCUGAUUCAUCCAGUCAAAGUGAUCGAUAUGAUGAUGAUGAUGAAAAUAAAGACUUUGAAAAAGAAGAGAAGAAGAGAACUGACGAAUUGGCGAGCAAGCAAACAGAGAAACAAACCCGUGUAAAGACAGUGAGAUUUGAAAAAAACGAUGACAAAAACAACGUCAGUGACACUGGGUUGGUCGAGGAUAGAAAGGGGACGAAAAGGGGAUUAUUGUUCAAAAAUGAAAGGUCCGGAUCUGAUGGCGCUGUGGUAUUAAAUGCUGAUCCAGUUGUGGACACAGAAGGUUUUCAUGUUGCACAAACUGUUGAAGGCAGAGAAGGAAUUGCCAAAAUUGACAAAGGAAAGAAAAAGAAGAAGCGAUAUGAAAAUGACUCUGAAGGAAAUAAAGAUUUGAUCAGGAAUAAACAGAAGGAUAGGAAGGUUGAUCCAGUAUCGACAAAAGAAACACCCACGGCAGAAAGGGAAGAUCAAGAUAGAAAAUCAGAGAAGCAGUUUUAUCAAAGUCCGAAUGGUACAGCUAAAAGACCGUUGCUAGAUGCUGUUAGCCAGUUAAGCGUGAUGAGAAACUCAGAUGAUAUGAAACUAAAGCCCCAUUCAACAGGGAUCGAAUUGCAUGGAAUUAAACCUGGCUAUGCAGCUACCCAGAUAACAGCCCUGAGCUAUCUUUUUAAAGAGCUUACUAGCCUCCUGUCAGACAGAAUAAACAGCGAAGAAAGUAGAUUGUUGAAUGAAAUCGAUCACAUGAUUGGUCUUUUGCCAUUCCUUAUCAACAAUCUUGAUCCGAAUUUGCAAACUGAAAUUAGCCUUGCUGUACAGCCUUUGAGAGUGGAGAACAGCGACUUAAGAAGGCAACUUCGAAUUGCUAAUCAAAGGAUAAGGGAUUUUGAAAUUAACGUUCAGGAGCUGCAAGAUUCACUGAAACAUGCAAGAAAACAUACUCUUGAUCAGUCUCAAAUAGAAAAUCUGAGACACCAGAUGCAACAAGAUGAAGCAACAAAAAAACUACUUAUGGAACGCAUUUCAGGCCUAACCAAGAAUGCAGAAGAUUUAAAGCAAGAAAAUUUGAAGCUGGUGGAGAGAAUAUCUGUUAAGGAUGCUGAAAUAGUGAGGCAGAAGCAGCUUUGGCAAAAGGAAAAAACAUCUGUCUACACAGAGAAUGACUUUGCAAGAAACAGGCUGGAAUCAUUUUCAUUGUCACUACAAGCCAAGGAAAAAGAGACCAAAAUUUUAAAAGUUUCCUUAACACAAUCAGAGGCUGAAGUGGUUCGACUGACAGAAUUAAACAGAGAUCUUCGUAACUCUGUGGAGAGGCUGCUACAGGAUGUAAAUUUCAAAGAUUCUCGACCAUUUGUAAGAGAUUCCAAACCAAACAAUUUAGCUCGACACCGUGGUCACACUGGUGCAACGUCAAACAAUUCAACUAACAGAAAAGCCUACCAACUCACGUCUGACGAUCCAUACAAGCCAGAGACCGUAUCACAUCAAAUUUCUAAUAUGAAGCCUACUCAAGAUUUGACUACGCAAGAAGGGGAUUCUCGACGAUAUACACGCCCUUAUUCAGACCAAGAGAGUGACUUUCUAUCCAGCACCACUAUCUCUGAUCUAACAGCAACAUCAACAUCUUCGGUGAAAUUUGAAAGUUUCUACAGUGAAUUUGAACCAAACGGUAAUUUUGACGACCAAAUUUCAACACUCACAUGUGAUAGUCAAGAAUUCCGAACUAAUUUAGCUAAUUUAAGCUCAAACAUUAAGCAAAUGCAACAAUCGUUGUGCAAUGCCAAGCGUGCCUAGUUUAUCGUGUGGAUACAUUUGUCAGAUGUAUGUAAAAUAUAUUGUAUAGAAAUAUUUUAUUAGCUAUUUAGGAUACAUGACUUAAAAUUUCUUCAAUUUAUUGUUGUUUACCGAAUUUCAUGGAAAGAUGCUUUGGAGAUAAUCUUCUUGAGCCAUAGAAUGCUUUUGCUACAAUUGUUAGAGAUGGGCCUGAAUUGUGUGUGUCGUUGAUUCACUUUGAACCGCUGAUCUGACAGGGUAAAUGUUUUCUUGCACCGAAUGUUCUCAAAGCGUAAACAUAUGCAGACUUUGAGCAUAUUGAUCGUAUGAAGACUGUUGCGCGGUCACUUACACGCUGUGGUAGGGACCAGUGGCGGAUUUAGGGGGGGGCAACUAGGGGCAGUUACCCCUCCCUCACCGAGUUGAAGCAAAUUUAGUGCCCCAUUUUUGGAAAUUUUGCGCCCCUUUUGAAGGAUGAUAAGCAGGUGAAAAAGUUUCUGAGACUUCUAGGUUAAUUUAUUUCAAAGAUUUCCUCAAAGUAUACAACAUUAUUGUGAAAAAUUUCCUUACAAAGUGAAUACAGUGUACACUCAUCAUCAAUUUCUGGAAAAUUUUCAGCGCCCCCAAUACCAACUGCCCCUCCUUCAAAUUUUCUCUGGAUCCGCCCCUGGUAGGGACAUAUCCUCCUUUAUUGGCGACAUCCCUGUUCCUAUUUGGAUUUAGCCAAAUUACUUGAUUGUAAACCACUGAAGCGUAGCACUUGCUAGCCUGCGUGCAGUCUCUACUGUUAUUGCGGAGGAAGACGGAGAGAAGGAGGAAAGAGCGCAAAUAAGCACUUGCAUGAAUGAAAAAUCUGCAUGGCGUUGAAUCCAAAGGCUUUCGUUGAACAGGGUGCUAUGUGGGAUGUGGGGGGGGGGUCACUUCCCCCCAAGAGUUAUAAAUCUGCUUUUACUCGGCAGAUUUUGCUUUUUUAGUGCUUACUAGUCAAAGUUGAUGGUGGCAUAAAUUGAAAAUCGUUGAAAGUCUAUGGUAUAUUUCAUAAUCUUCGCUCCACGUUAAUGUUUCAACUGUUAAUUGGCAUAUAAGGAAUAAAACAAGUUAAGGAAUUACAUAGAUUACAAAGAUAACAUGUACAAUUACAAGAUUACAAAGAUAUCUAUCUAUCUUGUUGCUAUUUUCUUGCAUUGUGUGUAUUUAUCUAUCUAUUCUAAAUGGUAGCUCUUCAAAUAACACUUUGGCAUUAAAAUAUCAAAUUCAAAUUCAUGUUAUUUAGCAAAAUAUUUACAAUUUAUCGAAUACAAGUUAACCAAAGAUAUAAUAAUAAAAGAUACAAAGUUAAAGAUUGGUGGAUACAGUAAGCUCUAUAUAAUACAAUUCUUAGUAAGUUGCCCAGGAAACUGAGAGAACCAAAAAGGUUUUCGAGCCUAGUAUCCUGUUAUUUGGGUUACGAUUGGUUUUUCGUGCAGGAGUUCUAAAGUGAUGACGUCACAAAAAUAUACUUUAUAGAAUUUUUGAAUUUGGAUUCCAUAGCCUGAAAGAGCAUCAUGAAAUACCUCUCAAUAUGCCCAAUCAGUCAAAUGUAUUACGAAUUGGCUGAGAUAUGGCCACAUGUGUACUGGCUUUUUCCCCAUCAAACCUCUGUAUUUUAGUCUCUGUUCAUACCUUUAUGAACGGACCGAAAAUAACAGUGAUUCGUUAGCAAACUUCAAAUCUUUCAUUGGCAAUAUCUCAACGGGUUUUGGAUAUAUUUGGCCAGUUUUGCAUAUUUGGAAGUAUUUCACUGUGAUAUUUAAUGUUAUGUGGUGAAAAUUCAAAAAUUUUAAAAAUAGGUUUUUGGUGAUGUCACACUUUAGAACUCUAUUUGGGAUGAAAUUGGUCUGAUUAGGAUGAAGUAUCUUAUUUCA